CCCUCUCUCUUGUUCAUAUCCCACCAGAAUGAGGAGUUGCAUCGUAAUGAAUCCACAAUGGAUGGGCAGAAAUCAAAGGACAUUGCUCGAAUGUUACAGAACGCCACUGACCAGACCAAGUCCUUUUAUGGAAACGAUGUUAAGACAACCUACCAGCUUAUUUCCUGGAUCCUGCACUAUGAGAGUAAGCAGCAGGGCUUUAACCUGGCUGCCAUGCGCGACGCCAAAUUCAAUGAGAACCUAGUGAAGGCUGGCAGCGCAAUCCUGGACGCCAGUAAUAAAGAGCACUGGGAUCAGAUACAGAGAACAGAAGGAGGUACGGCACAUCUUUUAAAAAACUUUGAGGAGUACGCCAACACUGUGGCUCAGAACAUGAGGAAGACCUACCUGAAACCCUUCAUCAUUGUAACCGAGAACAUGGUUUUUGCAGUGGAUUAUCUAGACGCCAUUUAUCCAGAUAUGGCAAAAAUCCCUCGUUUUCAAACGACUGACCAGGAGUGUCCCAAAGACCUUAAGUCAUCUGUUAUUUUCCCAGAAUUCAGUUUCAAAUCUUCAGAGCAUCAAGUUUCUCCCACAGAUGACCCAGAAUCUCAGAGCCGCUCGGAGGAAGAGCACGACCUGGCUACAAACAAGAGGAAAAGGCAUGCUGAGAGUCUGCCACCAUUUCCUGUGGCUGCAGUCAUCAUCUAUAAAUCUCUGGGCCAGCUUCUACCAGAGCACUAUGACCCCGAUCGCCGCAGUCUCAGGCUGCCAAACCGUCCGGUCAUUAACACUCCCAUCGUAAGCACAACUGUGUACAGUGAAGGCGAGCCAUUACACAUUCCACUGGAGCAACCAAUCACACUGGACUACAACCUUCUGGAGACAGAGGAGAGAACUAAACCAGUGUGUGUGUUCUGGAACCACUCAAUCGCUGUUGGAGGCACAGGCGCCUGGUCAUCUAAAGGUUGUGACCUCAUCUCCAGAAACCACACCCACAUCAGCUGCCAGUGCAAUCACAUGACCAGCUUUGCCGUGCUUAUGGAUAUCUCCAAGAGAGAGCAUGGUGAUGUUCUUCCCCUGAAGAUUGUCACCUACACAACAGUCUCCGCCUCUCUUCUGGCGCUCCUCAUCACUUUCAUCCUGCUGGCCAUCCUGCACAAGCUUCGCUCCAAUCUCCACAGCAUCCACAAGAACCUGGUGGCCGCCUUGUUCUUCUCCGAGCUGGUCUUUCUCAUCGGAAUCAACCAGACUGACAACCCGUUUGUAUGUACGGUAAUAGCCAUCCUUCUGCACUACUUCUACAUGUGCACAUUUGCCUGGACGUUUGUGGAGGGUUUGCACAUUUACCGUAUGCUCACUGAAGUCAGAAACAUCAACCACGGCCACAUGCGCUUCUACUACGCCAUUGGCUGGGGGAUACCUGCUAUUAUUACAGGUUUGGCUGUGGGUUUGGAUCCUCAAGGAUAUGGGAACCCUGACUUCUGCUGGCUGUCCGUCCAUGACACCCUCAUCUGGAGUUUUGCAGGACCCAUCGCUUUAGUGGUGCUGGUCAACAUCAUUAUCUUUGUGCUGGCAGCAAAGGCGUCGUGUGGCCGUAGGCAACGUUCCUAUGAAAAGUCUGGAGUCAUUCCUGCUCUGCGGAUGGCCUUUUUGAUCCUGUUGCUCAUUAGCGCCACCUGUCUGCUAGGUUUAAUGGCUGUUAACAGUAAUGUCAUGACCUUCCACUACCUGUUUGCCAUCUUCAGCUGUCUGCAGGGCAUAUUCAUUUUCCUCUUCCACAUCGUGUUCAAUAAAGAGGUGAGGAAAAAUCUGAAAAACGUUUUCACGGGAAAGAAAGCAUUACCUGAUGAGUCUAGCGCCACCCGCACCACCCUACUGACACGUACAUUGAACUGUAAUAACACAUACAUAGAGGACGGCACGCUAUACCGCUCGGCCAUCGGCGAGUCGACGGUGUCACUGGAGAGCACAGUCAGGUCAGCCAAGAGUCACAGCAGCUAUCUUACUUACACGCACAGGGAUGAAUUGGGUCAGAAGCCCAGUGUUUCAUCUGGAAAUGCUAAAGCCGGACACACUGACAUUGAUGGCUCACUCUUCCGUAAUGGCACUAAAGCAGAUGACUCAGAUUCGGACAGCGAGCUCUCCGUGGAUGAUCACAGCAGCUCAUACGCCUCCUCUCACUCGUCCGACAGCGAAGAUGAAGACAUGGACAUAAAGCCAAAGUGGAAUAAUGAAAGACAACCACUACACAGCACUCCAAAGGGUACAAGAGAAGUGGACACUGUGUCCAAUCAUGUGAAGCCUUACUGGCCGACUGAACCCAUGACAGCCAGUGACAGUGAAGAUCCCGGAGGGGCAGAGAGACUUAGAGUGGAGACUAAAGUUAACGUGGAGCUCCAUCAGGAAAAUAAACUCAAUCACACUGGAGAGACCACUCAGGACAAAGACCACCCAACAGCCUCCAUCCAAGCCAAUAGCAACCACCAGCGAGAACAGAGGAAAGGGAUUCUAAAGAAUAAGAUCACGUAUCCUCCUCCUCUGACAGACAAAAACAUGAAAAACAAACUUAGGGAGAAAUUAUCGGACUACAACCCACCCACCAUCUCCUCCAGAGCGCCCUCUAUAGCCUCUAAUGAUGGGGGCAAUGGUCACAACGUCCUAAUCAAGUCACCUCAUCGGCUGGCCGUCCCACCACGAGAGCAGCAGAAUGGCAUGGCCAUGAAUCUGAGAUCAGGGACCGUUAACGGCGGCAACCUGUCAGACUCGGAGAAACCUGAGGAACUUCUGCCCUCGUGAGGGGAGAAUAUCAGCCCUUGACAGUCAGAGGAAUGUGGAAAAUGACAGUGGAUUACCCAAAGACCCUCCCUAUAGGUGCACCUUGCUCUCCAGCGUGUCCCUGGGGUCCAGGCUCCAUUGGAAAACAGUAUUACUGCAGACAUCUGCCUGUUAAACAAAUGAUAAGGAAAGAGAAGGGAAUGUAUGUAAAUAUGCAAGACGGGGUCAGGGAGGAUAUAUGAAAACUGUGCCAAACCACUAGACGUGGGACUACAACCCUCCCAGCAUGCCGAGCGGCAAGCUCUGAUCGAGUGACAGGUGGACUUAAAGAGACACAUAAGACUUUGUGUCGUUUUGUAUACGUUUUACCACUAGUGCUUCUUAAAGCUGUGCUAGUGUGGAACUGUGUAGAAACAUUUUCUGAUUCCGAAAAGUACAUCUCAGAAUGCUGAAAUUUUCACCAAGUGCCCAACUCGACCAGUCCUCAUUGAGGAGAUCCGUCUCUUAACUAAUACCUUUGUCAUGUAAUUACUUUGUAGAUAUAUAUUUUUUGUUUGUUCUUUUGAAAUUGUAAUAUUUUAAGGCCAUUUGUAUAUUGAAAAGCAUUUUUAAUAACAUUUAAUGCAAGAUUAUUUUUUAAUCCAAUGUGGUUAAAUGGAAAAUGUUUUGUACUUGAUUUGCAGAGUUAAUAAUUUGGGUUUCUAUGGUGCUGUAGUCCCAAAACACAAGACUAAAAGUCUACUGUUCAACUUUGACAAUAUUCAGUGGCGAUGUUUAAUAACGUUUGAACUGUGAAGACAUAGCCCUUAGACUCAAGGAAAUGAAAAUGAAUGUGUUUUAUUUUGUAAUUAAAUGACAGUUCACGAUUCAUAUUCCAAAGAAACAGCAGAGAAAAAGACUUGCAGGUGUUUUAAAUCAUUUUUCAUAACAAAAGACACUGGAUUUCUUAUGACAUAGCUGUAUUUAUUUUUAUGUUUUGAGACACUGGACAAAAAUUGAAGCUGUAAAAAUAAAAGCUCUCUGAAUUUGUAUUUUUGUUGUAUAAUAUAUUGUCUUUUCUCAUUCCAAGCACAAAAUUUGAGGUGAAGUAUAAUAGGAUAUACUAACACUUUUUUUAUUUUUUAAGUUUAGCUAUAGACUGUAAAAAUAAGUAUUAUAAAAACAUAUGCUCUAUGUUUUACAACUGCACUACUCUACUGCUUUAUAUCUUGAGGCUAUAGUGCUAGUGCUAUAAGGCACUGUGUAUUUCAUGAAUUAACCUUAAUUGUGAUUAAAGCAGUUAAUUUGA